CACAUCCUCCCGCACGUGAGGGCAGCGAUGGAGGCGCUGGACCGGGUCGUAAAGCCUAAAACUAAGAGAGCAAAAAGAUUUCUUGAGAAGAGAGAACCCAAGCUAAAUGAAAAUACAAAAAAUGCUAUGCUCAUAAAAGGAGGAAAUGCAAAUUUAACAGUGACUGAAGUGCUUAAAGACAUUUAUGCUGUGAAGAAGCCUUUUGCUGUACUGUAUAAAAAGAAAAAUAUUACCAGGCCUUUUGAGGACCAAACAUCAUUGGAGUUUUUCUCCAAGAAAUCAGAUUGUUCUCUGUUUCUUUUUGGCUCUCAUAACAAGAAACGACCUAACAACCUGGUAAUAGGUCGCAUGUUUGACUACCAUGUGCUAGAUAUGGUUGAACUGGGUGUUGAGAAGUUUGUAUCCUUGAAAGAGAUCAAGAACAGUAAGUGUCCUGAAGGAACAAAACCUAUGUUGAUAUUUGCUGGUGACAUGUUUGAUGUGAAUGAAGAAUACAGAAGACUGAAGAGCCUUCUUAUUGAUUUCUUCAGAGGUCCCACUGUGCCCAGUAUUCGUCUGGCUGGUUUGGAGUACGUUCUGCAUUUCACAGCUGUAGAUGGGAAAAUUUACAUGAGAAGCUACAAAGUGCUUCUGAAGAAAUCUGGCUGUAAAAUACCCAGAAUUGAACUGGAAGAGAUGGGACCUUCAUUAGAUCUGGUUAUGAGGAGGACACAUUUAGCCUCAGAUGACCUUUAUAAGCUGUCUUUGAAACAGCCAAAAGGCCUGAAGCCUAAGAAGAAAAAGAAUAUCUCCCAUGAUGUGUUUGGUACAACUUAUGGUCGAAUCCACAUGCAGAAGCAAGAUCUUAGUAAACUGCAGACACGGAAAAUGAAAGGCUUAAAAAAGAGGCCAGCAGAGAAGUCAGCUGAAGAUGGUGGGGCUACUCCCAAAAAGUCAAAGUCUGCUUGACAGUCUGGGACAGCUUUGAAAACUCUUUGUACUUUCAAGUUUAGAAUAUAUGUUGUAAUAUAAAUUGUCAGACAUAAAAGACUGAGCUGCUGUUAGCUUUAGUUUUGUAACAAAAAAACUUUUUGAUAAUUUGUCAUUUUGAAGGGAACAUUGGGGUAUUGAGCUUUAACAUAGAGCUUGGUUAUUUAAAAUAAAAAACAUUUUAAAACUAAGAAAGUUUUCCAAAGCUGGGCAUUUGUUUCUGGGUAUUAGCAAUAUAUGGGAGUCAAACAGGUGACUCAUUUCCUGGACAGUUUCACAGAGUGGAUUCAAAGGGACUUUAAAGAUCAUCUGGUUCCAGCCC